AGAGAAGGAAGGUUCCAUGGCUGAGUGGCCGCUAGUCCGCUAGGGUCCAUUCAGCGUCCACCUUCUCUUCCCGUACCCUUUUAGAUCUCCAACAGUAGAAAUGGAAUAAGAACUGGAGGCUGAGACAGAGGGAGAGAGGUAUUUAGAUUCCUUACCUCUUCGAGCUUUCGUUGUACCUUUUACUUCAGCUUCAGACUUCGAGAUAAAGUUGAUGAGCCGGUGGUUCUCUGGUUCUUGGAGUUGCUUUGCACGUUAGAAGAUCUUGAACUUGUUGCAGAAGCUUCUGGAUGACAAAAUCUUUACUUUCUUCUCCGGGCAUCGCGCCUUUAAAAUCAAGCGGGUGGGCUUUCUUUGUCACUGAUUCUUCUUACUAGGCGAGUCCCGAGGGCCAGAUCUGAUUUCCAUCUGGGUUUUCUAGGGUUCCAUAUGUUGAGUGGCAUUUGAUUGUCUCUAUUAUUUUGGAAAGCGAAUUGUACUUGAAUUCUCGGCAGCUAUAGUGUCGAUUCAUUUUUUUUAUUGGUUCUGCUGAGCUUCUUACAAUCUGGUAGUCAAAGUCUCCCUAACCACUCGAAUUUUGGGGAGCUGGUUGUUUUGUCCGGAUUCUUUGAGGGAGCCAUAUAAAUUGCUAUGCAUUGAUUUACCUUGGAUUUGCUUCUCCUUCUAAACUGGCAGUGUUAUUGGAUGAUGACAAACUCGUGGAUGGAGGUUAUAUCUCCUUAUCCUUCUUAUUUAUCCAAUUCAAAAUGGAUUCUUGGCGAGAGAAAGAGCGGGAACUGGACUCAGCAGGAAAACAAGUUAUUUGAGAAUGCUCUUGCGCAUUUCGAUGAAGACAUGCCUGACAGAUGGGAGAAGGUGGCUGAGAUGAUCCCUGGUAAAACAGUCGAGGAUGUCAUGUCCCAUUACCAGGAUUUGGAAGAAGAUGUGACUUGUAUUGAAGCUGGGCUGAUUCCCUUUCCAGGCUAUAGUUCUUCAUCUUUCACUUUGGAUUGGGAAAAUGAUCAUGGCUUUGAUGGCUUGAGGCAAGCUUGUUUUGUUGGUGGGAAGAGAUUGGGAGGAAGGCUUGCAGAUCAUGAGAGGAAAAAAGGAGUCCCCUGGACUGAAGAAGAACACAAGAGAUUUUUGAUUGGUCUGAAAAAAUAUGGUAAAGGUGACUGGAGAAACAUCUCUCGUAAUUUUGUUGUUACAAGGACUCCAACACAAGUGGCUAGCCAUGCGCAGAAGUAUUUCAUCAGGCUUAACUCUGGUACCAAAGACAAGAGGAGAGCCAGCAUACACGACAUAACCACCGUCUCUCUCGAAGAUAACAGAUCUCCCUCUCCAUCCCAACCAUCAGUAGCAACUAUGCAAUCAAGCUCUGCCUCAGCUCCAGCGGCCUCAGAACAAUUCUCCAUGGUUGUUGAUUCCAAACAGCACAGUGAAGCAGCUAGUGUCUUUAGUCCAACUAAUGGUAAUCAGUUUAUUCAGUCAUCUUAUGGAAUCCUUCCAUAUGGAAUGAAACUUCAGGCUCAGAGCUCAUUUCAUAGAAAUCUCAAUGGAUCUAUUGGUGGGCAAAAUGGUGUGUUAUUUUAGAAGGCUUACAAGAAUUUCCGCCCUGGAGCAGAUAUUAUUUAGCUUAUCAUGUUUCUUUUAUCCUUUGGAUUUAGGCUUCGUUUGGGACGGCUUUCUUACUGCUUCAUAAAGCAGCUUUCUAGUACAAAAUUUAAAUUUUUGUAUUAAAAAGUUGCUUUAAUAGCAGAAAAAAAGUCGUCCCAAACGGAGCCUUACUCUCCUCUUGCCAUUCUAUAAUGAAGUAUAUUCACUUCAGAAUGUUGAAAUUUUAGUUUGAUCUGUAAAAAAAAAUCAGGUGAUUUGCUUCUAUCUAUGCCCAUGGUAUUGGCUUAGGCUGAACAAUAAAGUCUUCCAAAGUUUGGGAUCAUGGCUUAAUUAAACAUCUAGGGAACUUGAAUAUCAUUUACUUGUACAUACAACUUGCAAGCUAUAGAAAACAGAACGUGUAUUGCCUACCAAAACUGUUCAUGGGGCUUUUUGGUAGUUUUUGCUAAGGAGACUGAUUGCUUAUGCCAUUGUCACAUAAGGUCUUUUGAUUAUUUGAGGGCUAAGCUACGGAAGCUUUUAUCAAUGGAUUAGCUUUACCAUCUCUCGAUGUUCACUUGCACCUACAGGAGCAGCAGGGGUCAUCAAGCUUUCUAUAAUAAUUUCUCAAAGGUGCAGGGAAUCUAUGCCACCAUCUUGUACUAUCAUAUUGUUUGUUUAGUAUAGGAAACUGUAAGGUUUUGUGUUGGAAUAAGUAAUGUAUUGUUUGUUUCUAUGCUUGGUUCUUUGAUCACCAUAAAUAUAUUGCUUUUCUAGUA